CAGUAUGCGCACCGGUGGUGAUGCAUCGCCUUCAACUGCAAUGCUAUCUGAACUUUCUCGUAGCCUAAAGGUCACGAUAGUUGGUGGUUCCAUUCCCGAACGAAGUGGUGACAGAUUGUAUAACACUUGCUGUGUCUUUGAUACAGAUGGAAAGCUUAUAGCUAAGCACAGGAAGAUUCAUGUGUUUGACAUUGACAUUUCUGGCAAAAUGACCUUCAAAGAAUCAGAGACUCUUAUAGCAGGGGAGACUCCCACCGUUAUUGACACAGAUGUUGGACGUAUUGGUAUAGGCAUAUGCUAUGACAUUCAGUUCCAAGAGCUAGCAGCAAUAUAUGCUUCCAGAGGUACAGUGCCUUGUAACUAUGAGGUCAUCAUUUCAAGUUUCCGAUGCUUCUUCACAUUUGUGAGGUCCACCUGAUUCUUACGAAAUCUUAUUAUUUCUAUUUGCUAGAAGUUGUCUCCAUUAUGAUCUGCUUAAGAUAAAACUCUUAUUCAUCUAUCAAAUAUCUCUAUUAACAAGAAACGGAGGGAGUACUAAAUAGGGCCAAGUGCUUUUGGAGCAUGAUGUCUCUGCAAUGCACAUGGAAACCCAGUCAGCCUCUCUUUUCCAUUGCGUUUGGGAAUCGAAACGCGACACGUUUAAUCAACUCAUCAUUUAUUUUGUCGAAAAAAAUUGAAAUAUUGAAUAUUAUGGGAUAUGUUCUCUUCUAAGGUGGGUCUAACUCACCAUCCACUUAUCAGCUUUGUCGAUUCUGGAAAUAAUCUUUUGAUCUAUAUAUAUCUAUCACUACUUUACAAAAUUUAAUUUACCUUGUAUGGUUAAUUAAAAAAAAUACUACUCCCCCGUCCCAACUUAAUUGUCACUCUUGGAGUGGACACGAGUUUUUAAGAAAAGUUGGUCGGAAAAGUUAGUGGAAUGUGUGACCCACUUGUUUAUAUUGGUUUAUUAAUAAAAUGUGAGUGAAAUGAGUUAGUGGAAUGUGAGAUACUUAUUAUUUUAUGGUAAAAUAAAGUGUGACAAUGAAGUUGAGACUUACCGAAAUGGAAAAGAGUGACAAAUAAGUUGGGACGGAGAGAGUAAUAUUUUUUGUUACUAUAA